AUGGAAAGUUUCCAGUAUGCACAAACCAUGGCUUUUGCAAUAAAUGAGAUUAAUAUGAAUCCCAAUCUUCUGCCUAAUAUCAGUCUUGGUUACCAUCUUCAUGACAACUGUGUGAUUCUAGGCAUGCGAGCUGCCAUGUCCCUCGUUAGUGGGAUAGAAGAGUCCUUCUUAAACCUAAACUGCACUGGACCUCCUCCGAUAAUUGGAGUUGUGGGGGAUCCAAGUUCAACUCCUUCCAUUGCAAUUUCCAGUGUUUUGGGACUGUUUCGAGUACCUAUAGUUAGUCACUAUGCCACAUGUUCCUGUUUAAGUGACAGAAAAAAGUAUCCCUCUUUCUUCAGAACAAUCCCCAGUGAUGCCUUCCAGGUGCGGGCUAUGGUUCAACUCAUUAGUCAUUUUGGAUGGACCUGGGUUGGUCUCCUCUACAGUGAUGAUGACUAUGGUACCUAUGCUGCUCAGUCCUUCCAUCAAGAAAUGCAGUUAUUUGGAAUUUGUAUUGCUUUUUCUGAACCUCUGCGGUAUGAUAGCAACCCCAGAGAUAUUCAACGUAUAACGGGAGUGAUUCAAGCUUCAACAUCUAGAGUGGUGGUUGUUUUUUCUCCAUCGACUUUAGUGAUACCUUUGAUGAAUGAAGUUGUGUUGCAGAAUAUGACAGGUAGGCAGUGGAUUGCAAGUGAAUCUUGGGCCACUUCACCUGUCUUUUACACUCCACAUUUCCUGCCCUUCCUUGGGGGCACACUGGGCAUAGCCAUCAGACGUGGAGAGAUCGGGGGGCUCCGUGAAUUUCUUUUACAGCUUCGUCCAAAAAAUGAUCCACAAAAUAAUAUGCUUAAGAUUUUCUGGGAGAAUAUGUUUGGAUGUAGUUUUGAAACUGGGGCGCAAGUAAAAAAUAUGUGUACAGGACAGGAAGAUCUGAGCACCACAAACACACCUUACACUGAUGUUUCAGAAUUGAGAGCAGCAAAUAAUGUCUACAAGGCAGUUUAUGCCCUGGCACAUGCACUUCAUGACUUAUUGAAGUGUGAGGAGGGGAAAGGACCAUUUAAUGGGAACAGCUGUGCUGACAUAACUAAUUUAAACCCUUGGCAGAACGUGAACUUUUCCACAGGCUUUGGGGAACAUGUGUCAUUUAAUAAGAAUGGAGGCUUGGCCAUCUAUGAUGUGAUGAACUGGCAGCCAGGCUCAGACAGAUCAAUAAGAAUCCACACAAUAGGUGUAGUGAGUGAAGAGCCAGAAAAAGGAUUGAUGCUUACACUGGACGAAGAUGCAAUAUACUGGAACUUUGAGACAAAAAAACCACCACAGUCUGUUUGCAGUGAAAGCUGCCCACGAGGAAGCAGACGAGCCACAAGGAAGGGCCAUCCCGUCUGCUGUUUUGACUGCCUCCCAUGUAGAGAUGGGGAAAUUUCUAACACAACAGAUGCUACUAAGUGCACAGCUUGUCCAGAUGAUUUCUGGUCUAAUCUAUAUAAGGAUCAGUGUAUUCCCAAAGAAGUAGAGUUUUUGUCCUAUAAGGAUCCUCUGGGCAUGUCUUUGACCUCUGCUUCACUGCUUGGCACCUGUUUUUGUGCUUUUGUGAUGAUUAUCUUUGCGCAUCACUAUAACACUCCCAUAGUACGUGCCAACAAUUCAGAGCUCAGCUUCCUGCUGCUUUUCUCGCUCAAAUUGUGUUUCCUGUGUGUGCUUCUUUUCAUUGGUCGACCACAGUUGUGGACGUGUCAGUUAAGACAUGCUGUGUUUGGCAUAAGCUUUGUCCUGUGCAUCUCCAGCAUUCUGGUCAAGACUAUGGUGGUAAUAGCUGUGUUUAGGUCCUCUCGGCCUGAGGGCAAAGGAGCAAUGAAAUGGUUUGGAGCAGCUCAACAAAGAUGCACAAUUCUGGUCCUAACAGCCAUCCAGGUUGUGAUAUGUGCAGUCUGGCUAUCAACUGCCUCUCCAACUCCCCAUAAAAACAACCUGUACAUCCGCUCUAUAAUAGUAUAUGAAUGUACUAUUGGCUCAGUGACUGGAUUUUCAAUGCUUUUGGGAUAUAUUGGACUGUUGGCAGCAGUAAGCUUCCUAAUAGCCUUCCUGGCAAGAAAUCUUCCAGAUAAUUUUAAUGAAGCAAAAUUUAUCACAUUUAGCAUGUUGAUCUUCUGUGCUGUGUGGAUUGCAUUUGUCCCAGCAUAUGUGAGCUCUCCAGGAAAAUACUCUGUGGCUGUGGAAAUAUUUGCUAUUUUAGCUUCUAGUUUUGGACUAUUGGUGGCAAUAUUUGCCCCAAAGUGUUACAUCAUCCUUUUACAUCCAGAAAGAAACAAUAAAAAAGCCAUCAUGGGAAGAGAGACACAUUAG